AGGUGAGUCCUCAGGUGACAGCACCUCCUGCUCGGCCGGUAAACCCUGGUAUUCUCGGCCUCCUCUCACGCCACACGGGUCAUGACACCAACCGUGUUAAUCCCCCGGGUUGUGUCGGUGCCUACACCCGCCGCUGAUGGGAUUACCGGGGAGAAAGCAGAGGGCCGAGCACGUUGCAGCGCGCCGUGCCGGCCCACCUGACCCUGAGUCCGGGGAUCUCACUGCCAGGGCCCCGGCGGGUGGGGGCGGACCCGGAGGAUGUGACGUCCAGCUCGGGCAGGAGAUUGAACCUCGUCCCGCAGACGCCGCCCGCUCGCCGCUUGUUGUCUGAUGGGGAUUACGGUGAAGAUGGCUGAGUGACCGGUCCAGAGGGAAACAUCCACCGAGCCCCGCAGCCAUGGACAUAACUUUUCUCCUGUCCGCCAUUAUCUUCACGCUCCUCGCCGUCGUGGUGGGGACGUCGCUGUUCGGCGGCUCCUCGCCCGUCUCGGACUUCGUUAACGCCCGGGGUUAUUUCGGGCACCGGGGUGAAGGAGCUACCGGGGGAUCGGAGCCACCGGGGCCGAAGCAGAACGGCCACGCACCGGAGAAGAAGAAGCAGAAGAAGGCGGAGGAGGACUGGUGCGAGAUCAGCGGCAGCUCGCACGACCACUGGGACGUGGUGAAAUGUGUGGAGUCAGAGCAGGCUCAUCCUCAGCUUCUCGUUGAAGAGCUGGAACCGGCCGAACACUCCUCCUCCACCAGAUCCAGCCUGUCCACCCCCAGGCCCGAUUCUAGGAACACGAGCUUAGACGUAGACUCGUCCUCCGAGGCCUCGUGGGGUCGUAGGUCAUUCAUCGGGCUCUCUGAGAAGGAGCUCCUAAAGUGUGCUUUCUCUUACCCCCAGACCGAGGGAGCCACAGAGAGCCCGGGAACCAACGACAAGAUGGAGUCAAACGAUUCCUUGAAGUACAUCCCCGGGAAGUCGAGAUCCCACCACUUGCAAAUGAUGAUGUCAACAGACGAGCUGGAGGAGGAGCAGAGGAUACACUCCCACACUGACUUUAACUGUCUGUAAGUCUGAAAAAGGAGCAGAUCCGCGGGUGCAGCGGGAGCAGCUGGCCGCCAUCUUCCAUCUGCUGAAGGAGAACAAGGAGACGUUUGGGGAGGUGUCGGAGGGAGACAUGGAUGACCAGCUCAGACUCUACUCCAUCUGACACUCCUGUCUGACUCCUCGCGUCUGUGAGCGCCACUGACGGACCGGUCCUGUGCAACCAAAUACUUCCAUCAGCCUGGUCUCAGUAUUCAGCACAUCUGUACCAAACAGAUACUCUCAUUUGUGUUUUAAUGACUUUCUGUUUUUUGGGGUUUUCUCGCGCUGUUUGUUUGUUUACUUCAUGUCAUUGAAACUACAGACCACAUGAAAGGAAGACCAAAGGAAACAAAGAGAUUUUUUUUCUAGUUACCGAUUUGUAAAAGGAAAACAUGACUGUUAGUUUUAUAUCAUAAUUAAACAUGUUAAUUUAUUUACAAAACUUUUUUUUUUUUAAGAAAUCUUCAUUUAUAUGUGUAACAUGUUUUAAUCCCUGCAUAUCUUUCACUCUGCUGUGUAAUAAACCACAUUAUGAUUAUGUA